CCCCUUCUUUUUCCUCCCUCCCCUCUAACCGCGCCCCCCCUCCCGGAUGGGGGGAAAAAAAAGAUGUCAGCUCCUCCGCUGUAGUAUUGCUCCUUAAAAACCCCUCUCUCUGAAAAUGACAUGCCCUCGCAAUGUAACUCCGAACUCGUACGCGGAGCCGGGCGGAGGAGAGCGCUAUAGCCGGAGCGCAGGCAUGUAUAUGCAAUCUGGGAGUGACUUCAACUGCGGGGUGAUGAGGGGCUGCGGGCUCGCCCCCUCGCUUUCCAAGAGGGACGAGGGCGGCAGCCCCAACCUCGCCCUCAACACCUAUCCGUCCUACCUCUCGCAGCUGGACUCCUGGGGCGACCCCAAAGCCGCCUAUCGCCUGGAACAACCUGUUGGCAGGCCGCUGUCCUCCUGCUCCUACCCACCUAGUGUCAAGGAGGAGAAUGUCUGCUGCAUGUACAGCGCAGAGAAGCGGGCAAAAAGUGGCCCCGAGGCAGCUCUGUACUCCCACCCCCUGCCGGAGUCCUGCCUCGGGGAGCACGAGGUGCCAGUGCCCAGCUACUAUCGCGCCAGCCCCAGCUACUCCGCGCUGGACAAGACGCCCCACUGUGCCGGGGCCAACGACUUCGAAGCCCCUUUUGAACAGCGGGCCAGUCUCAACCCUCGCGCCGAACAUCUGGAAUCGUCUCAGCUCGGGGGUAAAGUGAGUUUCCCUGAGACCCCCAAGUCCGACAGCCAGACCCCCAGUCCCAAUGAGAUUAAGACGGAGCAGAGCCUGGUGGGGCCAAAAGGUAGCCCCUCCGAGAGCGAAAAGGAGCGGGCCAAGACCGCCGACUCCAGCCCGGACACCUCGGAUAACGAAGCGAAAGAGGAGAUAAAGGCAGAAAACACCACAGGAAAUUGGCUGACAGCAAAGAGCGGAAGGAAGAAGAGGUGCCCCUAUACUAAACACCAGACGCUGGAAUUGGAGAAAGAAUUUCUGUUCAAUAUGUAUUUGACGCGAGAGCGCCGCCUGGAGAUUAGCAAGACCAUUAACCUUACAGACAGACAAGUCAAAAUCUGGUUUCAAAAUCGCAGAAUGAAACUCAAGAAAAUGAACCGAGAGAAUCGGAUCCGGGAACUGACCUCCAAUUUUAAUUUCACCUGAGUGUGCGGCCUCCCCUCCUCCCUCCCUCCUCCUUCCUUUCCCCGCCCCUCCUCCCUUUGUGCCUGGUGAUAUUUUUUUUUCCCUCCCUGAGUAUAAAUGCAACGCGCCUGCAAAAAAGGCAAAGACCUCAGACUCUUCCUUCCAAGGGACCUAUGGUUUGUGCUGCGAAGAUGCUUCCACCUAAAGCAUGAGAAAUGGGGUGGUAGGGUGUGGGGUGUGAUGUGUGCCCUCAUAUAUGGGGUGAGAGUGUGGCUGGUGUGUGUGUCAACCUCUCACUCACCCACGCACUCACCCAUAGUAUUCUGUGUUCUCCAUGCAAAGUUAAGAUCGAAUCCACCCGCUUAUAAGGGGAAAAAAGAAAAAUUCAACCAGAGAGGGUCUGUAAUCUCGCAGAGCACAGUCAGAAUCACUCCUUCCUUGCUGCAUUUCCUCCUUAGAAUAAUAGACGUUUUGGAAAGUUCGGCUAGUGUUUGUGUGUUUGUCGUAGCACCCAGCGCCUCCACCAAACCCUCUCGGUGUCUUUACCUCCCAGUCACUCUGAGAAUCUGCUUGAAGUCUCGUAUUUGUACUGCUUUCUGCUUUUCUCCCACCCCCUCCCAGCACCCCUAUACCCCCCACCCACUAACAUCUCAGAAAUUCCAUCCAGAGGAACAAAAAAAAUUAAAAAUAGAACAUAGCAAAGCAAAGAAUGCUCCCCAAUAUUGCCCUGUCUCUGUCUGGGAGUUGUGUUAUUUAAAGAUAUUCUGUAUGUUGUAUCUUUUGCAUGUAGCUUCCUUAAUGGAGAAAAAAAUCCUAAUAAAUUUCCAGAAUCGUAAUCUUCAAA